CAAACGUGACAACGGUGGGCAAACGUGCGUGAAAUAAGCCAUCCACAAUCCGUUCGAAAAUCUCCAGCCGAAUGUUUGUCACCUUUGGCCGUUAACCAUUUUCUCCCUCUAUCCCGAGCGGAAUGUGUCGCGCGGUGAGCCGGUAACGACGCCGGGACGGGACGAAAUUGAACCGAGACUGACAUUGAAUACGUCGCCGGGCAUGUCCUUAAAACGGCUCGCCGUCAUAUCGGCCGUCGGUUCACACAACAGCUUCAACAAUCAGACCAUCUCGUACGUCAGCUCGUACAGUGGGGCGAGCGGCAGCGUAGAGCAGAGCAUUGUCGUUGGUCACGCAACCGGCAACGCGGGCAACGUGCGCACCAGCGGUGGUCACCAUCAGGGACUGCAAACGAUGCGACCGGGGGCGAAUCUGCACGGCAAUGUUAACAUUAUGCUUGGCGGCGCCAUGCUGUCCGUGGUCAUUACGGUAGUGUGCUUCGUCUGCUACUGCUGCCACCGGAACAUUAAAAAGCGCUCCAACUCCAUCUAUCGUCAGCAGUGGCUCGAAACGGAGGCAAACAUGGAAAUCUACAGCGUGGAACAGUGCUACGAUCCACCACCCUCCGGGACGGGUGGAUUCUUUAUGGAUGGGAGCAGUACGACCGGUGACUAUCAGUCGCUACCGAUGGUCACGAGCGCUAUAAAUCAUACCGGACACCAUCCCCAGUAUCCCUACCAUCAACAUUAUCAUCAACAGCAGCAGCUUCAACAGCAACAGCAACAACAGCACCAUUACCAGUACACACCGUACCCGAAUGGUCCACCACCGUCCUACGAUACCGUAGUUGCACAGGACGAACUAUUAGCAAGUGUUUCUCGCCGCAAGCGCACCCUGGCGACCGACACGCGACCAACUGCCGGUCCAUCCUCCCACAGCAGUUGCUCCGAUCCAGAGUCGCACGAGUGCGAUAAACAAUCGGUCUGUCCGGGAUCUGCCGCAACGACUCCACUGCUGCCGAAGACGUCGGCAAGACGAUCCCAACGGAGAUGUGGCGUAUCGAUGUCAAAUGAACGCACUUACAGUGAUGAUCCUGCUGGUGAACCUCUGUGUCGAAGUGGCCAUGUGCCGGAAUGGCGCGAUACCCAUCGGGACGAUGACGAGACAGCUAGUUGCAGCUGUCCCACAGCGUCCAGCGGUGGAUAUAGCUCCAUUAGUCGCCCCGCUGGCGGUGCUGGUGAAGAAGAUGCUGCCGGCAACGCUGGACAAGUAGUACCGCCAAUUUACUGUCGUAAUUGUGGUUACUUUGUCGAGGGUUCUAGGGAUUCAUCAACCUCACCGGUUGUGCAGAUACUGCCCUCGUGCCGUCCCCCGGUGGAUCCGAUCGAACUGACACAUAACGAGACACUCCUAGUCGAUUAUGAGACUAUCAGCAUUGAGUCAACGCCGCCUCAUACCAACGGUGGUGGGCACAACGACGUCAAUCGAAACAAUACCAUCGACGAUAGUGGUACCGCAGGCACCACCAACUCCACGACGGCUACAGUUGACAUUGACAUGCUGACAAUGCAGAUGAUGGUGGCAUCUGCUUCAUCCGUCGGGUCCACUGCCGGUCCCACCCGGCAGACGGAUACCAUGAAUAACAACAACGGCAACAAUGGUAACAGCAUAGCUAAUGAAACCAAAAACCUGCGUUACUCGAUCGGCACCAUUGCACCCGAUUCACCGACCAACAGCUCUUCGCCAAUAAUUGGCGAAGAGGACUACCAGACGUGGAGCCGUGCGGCUACACUCGGCACAAAUGUAAACAGUGAGAAUAAUAACAUCAUUAUCGAUUCAUCGACGACGACGACGAUAAGCCCGAUGGAUCAUGGGGACACUCCCGCAAGCGAGACGCGUGACAUCAUUCAUCAGUGUCCAAACACGUCAUCCAAUCAGUGUUGCAAUCAGCCCGACAGUUACUGUCCCGAGGAACCGGCAUCAACGGUGGAAGAUCACACGAACGGUAACAUGGCGACGAACGCCACUGCCGACCAACGACCACCAUCCGGUAUCAGAAGUUUGCUGAACGAGAACGGUCUGGUACGGUUAGAUAUGAGUCAAAUCAUCGACAACACCGGUUUACCGACGUAUGAAGCGGCCUUAAAGCUGGAAUCUAGCGGGUACGUGUAA